UGCACACUUUUGGCUGCUCUAUCACUGUAAAGGCUGUGGUUUAAUAAUGGUCUCCCAAGGACUCCAGAUUAUGGGCAUAUCCACAGCCAUGCUGGGUUGGCUGGGGGUCAUUAUUGUGUGCGCAUUGCCCCAGUGGAAGGUGUCUGCGUUCGUUGGGGCCAACAUCGUCACAGCACAGGUCAUCUGGGAGGGCAUGUGGAUGAACUGUGUGGUGCAGAGCACUGGACAGAUGCAGUGUAAAGUCUACGACUCCAUGCUGGCGCUCAGCUCCGAUCUCCAAGCGGGCCGAGCCAUGAUCAUCAUCUCCAUUUUGACUGGACUCUUUGGGAUCAUAAUUUCUUUGGCCGGUGGGAAGUGCACCAACUGCAUUGAGGACCAAGGGUCCAAAGCAAAGGCGUGCAUCGUUGCAGGCAUUUUCCUAAUAAUCUCUGGGGUUCUCUGUCUGAUCCCAGUGUCGUGGGCGGCACACACCACCAUACAGAACUUCUACAACCCCAUGAUGGUGGAGGCCCAGCGGAGAGAGCUGGGAGCAGCUCUGUAUGUCGGCUGGGGAUCGGCUGGCUUGCUUUUACUGGGAGGAGGAAUACUUUGCUGGAACUGCCCACAGAAGCAUGAACGCAUCUACAACCCGAAAUUCUCCGCAAUGAGGUCCAAUUCUGCUCCGAGAGAGUUUGUCUGAGACGCAGAACCCAUAGGACUGGCCUUAAAACUCACUUAAGUGAUCUAAUUCAUCACCGUAUAUCAGCAAUUCAUCUGUAGAACUACAUGAGAGACAGUUUUUUUUACAUGCAAUAUCAUAACUUUUUCAGUCUUCCUCUUCACAAAUACCCAAAUAACUAUGAAUACAUAUCUUCGCAAUAGAGAUUACAUGUUAUGAUAAUAUUUAUGCCUCUACAUGUAUAAUUUAAUACUUUCCGUUAGAUAAAUUAUUUUUAUGUUGGCAAUUCAGUCGCUCAAACAGAGCGAAGUACUAGAAACAUGAUGGGUUCAAUUCUCUGGGAAAGCUUUAACUGGUAAAGUGUAUUCUUUCAGUGCAAUGCAGGUUGCUUAUGAUAAAAGAUUAAUGUAUAUAUUACAGCUUUUAGAGUGGAAUUAUAAAUGCAGAUUGUUUAUCUAUUUAAAAUGUGUAUAACAGUUGAGUAGAUUACUUACAAAUUGUCACUGUUUCAAAAUUUUACAUAAUAUAAACCCAACUAUAUGCAAAUAAGAAAUAACGUGAAUUUGUGUGUUUUGUUUAAAGACAAAAGCCUUCCAAAGUCAUAGUAGCACACGGUUAACUCAUUGAGUAAGAAGUCAAAUAAACAUGAAUGUGUUCAUCAGUAGCCGAUGCAAUGCUUAAAUGUUGAGAAAACACUUAAACACUUUUUAUUCAUUUAUAUAUAUAUUUUUUUUUUUUUGUAAGUCCACACAUUGAUCAAAUGCUGUGUGGCCUCUCAGUUUUUUUUGUAUAAUUAUAUCCACAUGACUGGUAUUUGUGUAAAUGUCCACAAAACUGCAAUGUAUUUCUGUAUAUUAUAUUCUAAAUGUGAGUGGAAGGCUAAUUUAGAAAGAACCUUUAAAAGAUGAAAAAGUAGAAUUAGGGAGAUUCAAUGAAUUGUAAAUAGCUAAUUGCUAUUCUGUGAAUAAUAUGCAAUCACAUCAUAAAUAAAAAACUAUAUAGUC